UCAAUUCGGAAACAUAUUAAAAAUAUUCUGGUUUGAUAACAUAAACCUUUCACCAACCGUUCUCGAAUCUAGUUGACUUGUGUAUGAGGUUAUUUCCGCUCAUAGAAAAAUUAUCUUUUUGAGCUGGCCUCUUGCUUGAAGCCAGAGGGGCUGUUUUCUGGUGAUCUAAUAUCAGACCAUAAAAUAUCUCAACACUGCUGUACCAUCUUGUCAUCCAUGCUCAAUUAUUUGCUAUACUUUAUUGCUAUCCCAAAGUCUCAGUAGCUUCAGGGUGUAAUCAUGUUCUUCCAAAUGGCUGACUUUAUUCUUGUUCGUUCUUUCCCAAUGCAACGAAAGGUGGAUCAAGAGGCCCAAAUAUGACCCAUAUUCUGUUACCUUUCACACAGUGGUUAUAUCAAUGUUCUUUCCUCUUCCAGUGAAGUGCCUAAAAAUCUUCAUCCGAUGUGAAUAAAUGCUUUCUCUUUAAGAGUUGCAUGGCAUAUCCUUUGUGAUCUUGUUCCAUCCUUAAUUGUGAUCUCCAGUCACUAGUACAGUCAUGAUUCGACUGACCCCAUCCCUCAUAACCAUUGGUUUGGGCGAUAUUAGGGACUAUGACAGACGCGCAAAACGCCGAGCGAAGCUGCAGCCUGGGAAUAUUCCACAAGCCACGCCUCACUCACAGAUCAUUUUACCAAUAAGAUCCAUCAGCCCAAGAACCAGAGCCCAUGGCCCAUCUGCUAAUGCUAUACCAAGCACCGACGGAAGUCAUUUCGCAAAUCAGACUAAUCAAAAACCAGAUGAGGCUUAUAAGUUUCCUAGACUUGAAUCCCCUCUGCCAUUGGAAUGUGUUUUGCAAAUUCCUGCUCAUGCUCAAGGUUUUGAUAUUUUCGAUUGGACAAACCCAUCCCCUCGCUCUUCCGAUGGCACAAUCACAAACAACCAUUCUGUAGAUUACUCUUCGGUAUUGAUAGCGUCAGAUAAGUUACACAAUGCCAAAAAUACGGAAACAUUUGAAGAAUGGUUAGACGCGAGGCGAGGAAGGAUAAUGGAUGAGAUGCAGGACGCUCAAAGUAGCCAGGAGUCGGCAGAGCUUGAAGCGGGCGAAGAAUCCUUCGAGAAUUUGGGUACUAGACGGCUCUCUUCGCCUUCCAAAGACAAUUUUGACUACGGUGGAUUUGUCGAAAGUCCUAGUCAGCAAGAAAGUGAUCAAAGUCGAGGAUCUUCACCUUUCGGUAGGGCUUUACUCUAUAUGAUAGUGACACCACAGUUUAAGAGCUUCGCACAUUUGACGCUACACAAGACAUGAAAUAAUCAAGAUAUAGCAAAAUCACUAAUUUCUUUUAGAACCAGAAGAUUCCUCAACCACUCCUCAUCUCCAACCGCCGGCAGCACAGAGGUUACAAGCUCGUACAAGGUUACCACGCUCACCUUUGUUCCUUGCACAAAAUGCAUCCAGCUCACCGGAGCUACGUGUAAGUAUACCUUCGUUCUUCAAAUCCGCCUGGAGUGUUGCAAAGGCUCUUUCGGGGGGUUGACUAACUCCCGCAUCUUGUAGUCCACAGCUAGUUUAACUCCCAGGGUUGUCUCUCGUGUAGCUACUCAUAACACUCCGGAUUUUAUGUUUACCCAGCCAGCUCGACGCCCUGGACCCAGCCCUCAUCCCCAUUCAACACGUCAGCCUCGAACAUUGAGACACCAAGCUAACAGCUUUUCAUUUGACGACUCGGAAAGAUCUAGCGUUGCUUACGAACAAGAAAGGGCAUUAUCUUCGUCAACGACCGAUAGCCGACCACGGCCAUCGGAAAGCCUUAAUCUUCGUCAAGAAUUGCGUGGAAGUUCCUUGCAGAGUUCUCGGAUACCGUCGUUUGCAAGUUCCAUUCGUAGUCAAGAGCAUCCUUCUUCGGAUCGGGAAGUAUCAGCGCAAUCAAAUGAAACUGAAAACGAAUCGAAUCCUGAUCGACUUAUUCGCGACGAAGAAAUGGACGUCCAUAGUCUUGUUUUAAUCCCAGAGCGAUCCGUAAUAUCCACCACAUCUUCCUUUAAUCGUUCCCAAGAAUUGCGUCUGCCACCACCAUUUUCAACCGUUUCUAGGUCGGUCUCGAGGGCAGAAUCACUUCCAAGUUCUUCGCCAGGUGGAAAUCAAAGCGGGCCUUCACCUGCAAGCAUCAUUAGAAGCUUUCAAGGGAGUCCUUCAGUAAGCCCCUCAAGAGAUAUCUCUAUCUCAAGCUCCAUCAUUAGUCAACUAAUUCGAGAGCAUGACGAGAGACAAGCAUCGAGUCCACCUGUGAGUUCACUUUUAUAUUUACACGUUUGCUCCUUCUAAACCUCCUUGUGCACUAGUCAGGUGGGCGUCGACGAUUAAAUCCUAUCGUCAGAGCUGCUGCACGCCUAUUCUCGAGUCCCAUAUCCCGAUCACCUUCACGUAAAUCUCCUCCCCCUUCACCAUCUCCAUCACCACGUCGUCGUACAAGACCCCAGCCACCCCGCAGAAGAGGUAGUGAUACAGGUCCACGAACAUAUACUCCAUCUAGAGGAUACUCAGUGUACAACGAUUCCCUUCCCGCAGCAUCUCAACCUCAAACUCCUGCCCAUUUACCCGAAGCUCGGCAUCAGUCCCAAUAUCACCCAUCCUAUACUGCGCCCACGACUCGAUCUAUGGCUCGAUUGAGAGAUCACAUUGCAGAACCUCUAGUUGCUACUCUAGGUCGACCAAGUGAUCCUUUCGAUCGAGAUUCUGCUCAGCGAUGGAUGCAUGAACCUGAUGCUCGCUGGAUAAGACAGAGAUCCGGUUCACCAGCAGGAAUGUCUGAUGAUGGGUUUCAAGGUCUUUAUGGUGGUAGGGAAAAUGGUGAUGAUGAACAGAGCUGGAUUGAUGGUGUUAGAGCUCGUAAUGCUGAGAUGAGGAUGUGGCAGACGCGAAGCUCUGAUGGGAGAUUGGAGGACGAGGAAUAAGGCGGUGCUUAAGGGAUGGAUGAAUUGAUGAGGAGUUUUCGGAGGGACUUUUGUUAUGAAUAUUGUUACAAAUAUUGUUACAAAAAUAAUGUUAUCUUUUUAUAGAUUUAUUAGAUUAUUCGCUACAUUGCCCAUGCUGUAUGAGGAUGGAUGUGGAAAUGUUGUGAUGCAGAUGCAGAUAAGAUGUAGAGUUUGACUGGUUUGGAUUGCAAUACUAGGUAAUCAAUUCAUCAGAUCUAUUCUUCUGAUUGGUCCUUUGGGUGUAGUCGAGGUCAUCAGCCUCAGAUUGUUGAGCUAGAAAUGAAAUUGCUUAGAUGUGGUGGAACAUUCCAAAGUGUUCUAGAUUUUUAUCAUUUUGUCCUCAGCAUUCAUGGGUACAUAGGUACAUACAUGUAUAUGUAUAAUAAUCCAAACAUGACGUUAUUGAGGAUGAGA